CUAGAGAGCACAGAGCCACAGUCCCCAACUUGGUAUCCACCCUGAUAUCAUCUUGAUGGCGCUGUGUAACUCCAAGGUAUAACAUUUUAUCUAUAAACAACAACCACCGAGGUAGACAUCUCGUUCUACCAAUCUUUCUAUACAAAGUACCCCCAGAUAACAUGGACAUCCCCAUCACCUCCGUCAAACCAAUCUUCCACCCAUCAUCUUCCACCACCCCACUCCCAAUUCAAAUCCAAAUCCAAAUCCAUCCAAACAACCAUCCAAACCCUCCAUCUCCAACCUCACCCAGAAGGAGGCUACUACGCCGAAAUCGACCGUCACCCGCUCCGCAUCCCCAAUCCCCACAGCAAAGACCAAAGCGACACCCGCUCCCUCUCCUCAACAAUCUACUACCAUCUCACCCCCGACUGCCCAACCUGCUUCUUCCACCUAAACCGCAGCCGCACGAUUCACAGCCUCCACCGCGGCCGGGCGCGGUACGUCAUUAUCCACGCGGAUUUGGCGACCGACAAUGGCACUGCGCCUGUUACUUCGUUCGUGGUCGGUCCGGAUCUAGACAAGGGGGAGAGGAUGCAGUGGGUUGUGGAGGGGGGAAGUAUAAAGCUUGUUAUCUGUUGCCGGAUGACCCCUCGGAGAGCGGGGAGGGGGACAGCGAGGGGUUGUUGAUUACGGAGACCGUUGUCCCUGGGUUUGAAUUCGAGGAUCACGAGUUCUUGAGUCCCCAGACGAUGGAGAGGCUGCUGCCGGAGGAGCAGUGCCGAGCGCUGAGCUGGAUGAUAAAGAAGGAUGGAUGAGAUUGAUUUGCAAUUGCGCCCGUCUACUGUACAUACAUUGCCAUAUACACUUCCGGUAGA